CCUUUAUGGGCAACCCAGUGAAAAUCAAUAGUACAGGUUAGUACCAGUUUUCUGAGAGCAUAUGUGCCAUAAGCAUAGGUAUGUAAAAACUACAUGCAUAUUAUCAGUACACCAACCCACGCCAACAAUAUCAUAUCAAAUGACACAAAGUUUAACAUGCAUCAUUUUUUUCUUACCACACAUUCACACAUUUGCACACACAUUAGCCAUUAUUAUUGUACACAUAAACAGAACAGCACUUCCUGAGAGCAGAGCUUGAAACUAGAGAUGCUCAGGUACCAGUGAAGGGUUGGCUUUCAGCUCUCUCUCUCUCUCUCUCUCUUUCUCCUUUUUCUCCCUUCCUUGCUCCUCUUCAUUCUUUGUGCUGACAGCGGCAGGGACCAGGUGUCAGGGCAUACAUUAAUAUACAAAAGUGAUGCCUUUCUCAGGUCUUAUGUAAACUGUAGGAGAAAAGCCAAAUACUUAUAGCCUCGGAGAUGAAAGACCCUGUAUCAGUGCAGCCGGACGCUGUUUUUUUCCCCCUCUUUCUCUUGCACGAGGUUCUUAUGUGUAACUCCAACAGGUGGAAAACUGUCCUGUGAGCUACCAACUAUCUGAAAUCACAGGACAAAAUCUACUGCCUUUUUGGUGGUAAAACUCAUAUUUUGUGGGGAUUAUAUUAUUUGUCUUGUGAGGGCAAGACAAAGCCUGCAAUUAUCUAAGGUAUCCUGGUGGCUCCUUCCUCAGACUGCCAUGCGAGGCCAGCGUGUGUCCAAUAGUGUGUGCAGGUGCUCGAAAGCCUUCACAUGCGUCCUCAUCUCUCUACUGGCCUCACUGCUGCUGCUGGCCUUUAACAUGCGCCUACCACUCAGUGAAUACACAAAACAUGCAGAUCACAAAGUGAUGAGACGAUCAGUUCUUAGCAAUAACAACAGGACAGUCUACACCCAGAGUCUAUUGCGGCUGGUGAACGGCAGGAGUCGGUGUGAAGGCCGUGUCGAGGUUCAGCACAAUGGUACAUGGGGCACGGUAUGCGAUGAUGACUGGGACAUGGUGGACGCCAACGUGGUGUGCCGACAGCUGGAGUGUGGUCUGGCUGUUGCAGUCGGAACAAGCUCCCGCUUUGGACAGGGCUCUGGGCCUAUCCUGCUCGAUAACGUUGACUGCAAAGGGGGAGAGACAGAAUUGAGCCAGUGUGGCAAUCAAGGCUGGGGCAUCCACAACUGCUACCAUUAUGAGGAUGUGGCUGUCACCUGCAAAGGUAACACUGUGUUAGGGCUUCAAGGACUUUCUGAGGAGCCCAGCACUCCAGCUCGUAGGAACUCUGGUUUAUCAGGGGAUGGUUCAAUCCGGUUGGUGGGUGGUUUGGACCGCUGCCAGGGCCGCGUAGAAAUCUACUACCGGGGCAGCUGGGGAACAGUGUGUGACGAUGACUGGGGCAUGCGAGAUGCGGCUGUGGUGUGCCAGCAGGUUGGAUGUGGCCCUGUCGUCACCUACACCACCAACGCCUACUUUGGCUAUGGCAAAGGUCUCAUCCUCUUGGACAAUGUACACUGCAGUGGCUCAGAGAGCCAACUGGCCACAUGCUACAGCCUUGGAUGGGGGAUUCAUAACUGCGGUCAUCACGAGGAUGCUGGAGUCAUCUGCACAAGACUGACCACCACCACUGCUCCUCCUGUGAAUACAGAGACCCUACACAAUGCUUUCUUCCAUACUGAGAUCCCAGCAGAGACAGGAAUGACUAUUCCAGUUACAGAGACAACACCAGCUAAUCCAACCACAUCCUUUACCACAAAAGAGCAGCCCACCGUCCGUGUAGUGAAUGGGAACAGCAGCUGUCAGGGCCGUGUGGAGGUCUUCUACGAAAACAUCUGGGGCACAGUGUGUGAUGAUGAGUGGGAUAUGGAGAACGCUCAGGUGGUGUGCAGGCAGCUGGGGUGUGGCCCGGCCAUGGCGGCCAUCUCCCUGGCAUACUUUGGCUACGGCUCUGGUCCCAUCCUGCUCGACAACGUGGACUGUGAGGGCAAUGAGAGGCUGCUGGCUGACUGCUUCAACUUGGGUUGGGGACAGCACAACUGUGGACAUCAUGAAGAUGCUGGAGUCAUCUGCUCAACUUCCCCAGCCUGGGCAGGAACAUCAAGAAGCUUUGGAGUGACUGAUAGGAUCAUCACCACUCCCCCACCAGUGGAGGGUGCUCUGAGGCUCUCAGGUGGUCCGCACCGCUGCGAGGGCCGAGUAGAGCUGUAUCAAAGUGGCACAUGGGGCACUGUGUGUGACGAUGCCUGGGACCUCCCCGAUGCCCAGGUGGUAUGCAGGCUGCUGGGCUGCGGUGAUGCCAUAGCCGCACAGGUGGAGUCCUUCUUUGGACCAGGCGUUGGCAACAUUCUCCUGGACAAUGUGAAGUGCACAGGCACAGAGCUGUCCCUCCAGCAGUGCUCCCACAUACCAUGGGACGUGCACAACUGUGACCACUCAGAGGAUGCCGGUGUGACGUGCUCACUCACAUGACUUCGCCCAUCCACAGAAGCCACUCCCCUUCUACCUGUGGUCUACAGAGCAGCGGGGAAUGGAGUAUGUAGACAACAGGACAUGUACAUUUUGUAAAUAUCCACUCACAUUGAUACGCUGAAGAUAUAAAAAGCUACUGGAUGAUCUGAAACCAAAAGAAAUGACAAAUUAUGCUUAUAUACAGAAAUUGGUCAAUUUUAUUUUAUUUAUGCACUUUAUGAAUGUAUGAAUACCAAAUGCGUAUAAACUGUAUGUACAAAUAUGACACACCAGAUUUUUCCACAUUUCUUAUGUAAAAGUAAUUGAUACACAAUGGAAAUACAAACUGUUAUCCCCUAUUUUUUUCCUAUAUACAAUAUUAAGAUAUUUAAUAUGCAAGUAUGUUAUGCUAGUCAUGCUUGCCAUUGCAUUGUGGAGAUGCUGGGACAUACAUUAUUCACAUCACUAUAAAAGUUUUGGCUAAACCCUAAAAUACUCAAAAUACGAAUAGAUGGGUAAUCAGAAAGUGUUUUUAUAUUCUAUUAAAUAAACAGCUAUAAAUAUUACACCAAAGGUCAUCUAGAAAAAGAUAACCUGAAAACAUAUGUCUAUAGAUAUCUAGAAUAUUUAGAUUUAAAAAAAGAUAUUCUCAGGUUUAAAGAUCUCUAAUUACAUUAAGUAAAAAUGAUGUAAACAUCUCGCAAAUUGAGAGCUUCUGUUAUCACAUGAACGUUCUUUAUCCUUAUCUAAAGCCACUCAAAGCUGCCCGAGUAGCCAGAGCUGACUGAUCGGGGUUCUGGAAGCAUAAAUUGUUCUGUAAAGCAUGUGUGGGCUUUUUUCUUUGUUUUUAGAAGUGAUCACAUUCAUUGCAGGACGUAAUGAUUCCUAAUUUAACAUUUGACCGCUGUGACUGGACCAUUUUUGAACAACAUGGGAAAUACGGUGUACGCAACUGGACUUUUUUGUUGCACAGAUAUUUACAAAAUGUUGGGGAAUAAAGUAUCUCUUGUAUUCUAUCAGAUGCUCUUUUUCAAGGGGAAAAAGCUUCGUGAAUAAGACAUCUCUAAAAUACUUUUUGAUAAAACCUACAAUAAGACUUUAGAUGUUUAUUCUACAAACUUGGUGCUUAAAGAUAUUAAACGUUUCAUCACAUUUUCGGCACUAGCUUUAUGUGUGUAUGUUUCCUUUCCUUUCUUCCUUCCUUUCUUUAGGUUCAUGGCAUUAAUGACUUUGUCAGGUUAAGAAGAGGGAGGUCCUGAUUAUCGACACUCAUUAUAGGUAUCAGGGUGAUAUGAAAAUGAAAUUCUGUGCUGGUAUUGGAUUAGAUUUGACAUAUUCUUUAAUAUGAUUCACUGAUGUAGGUGUACAAAUUGUAUGACGUUGCUUGACAAAGGUGCAGAGCGUCAGCUUGGGUACUAAGAGAAUGUCAGUUGGCUCAAUAUUGGGUAUUGGCCAAAACUCAGAGCUCUAAUAUUGGUAUUAUAACAAAAAUGGAAAAAGUGGGAUAAGUGAAUUAAGACAAGGCUGGGGUUAGGAAUUAAAAUAUUUGGAAUUAAUGAGUUGUAUUUCAUACGCAAAUGCAUAGCUACUUGCAAGGAUAGCAAAACUGUGUGUGUGUGUGUGUGUGUGUGUGUGCUGAUAACUACUGCUCUGGUGGUCAGUUCGAUUCUUGGCCCAGGCCCUCUUCUUGCUAAGCAUUAGGUAGCUGAGAAUGGAUUCUUCUGGUUUACUGAGAUCCUGCAGCCAUUUGGCACUUUCUUUCAAUACAGCAAAAAAUGAAGCACCUCAUCCUCAAAACAGCUGCUCAC